AAUGAGGAAAUCAGAAAGAUUGUUUAAAACUAGUGAUGAUGUUUAUGUCAUUAUUCUUAAUCUAAUCUAAUCUAAUCUUUGCUGCAGGUGCUUGUCACGUCACAUGCCUUAGGCUAGGAUGAUAUCCAGGUAACCAUUUUAUGGGAUCAUUUGAAACAUAAGCACCCUUCUAAACACAAGGAAGCAACUGCAAUACGUGAAUCACAGAGGGUCAAGACUCAAGAGACAAAAGUCUGAUGAAGUCGAAGCUGAGCGGAGAUCGAUGUAUCAACUGACAACAUCUAAUCAGCCCACACUGGGGGCAGUCUGGAGCGGCGCCACUGUUACUAGACUGAUGAACGUCAAAAAGAUCUAAAAAGUUGCUCCUGAAAUGGAUUAUUGAUCAGAUGCUCCCAUACACGACUGUUGAGAAUGAACAAUUUCAACAGUUUGUUGACGGUUUGAACAAGAAGUUUGACAUACCCUCAGAGAAGGUGGUGCGCACAAAACUGUUUCCUGAAUUAUAUGAUAGAGUACAGUUUAAACUGAAGAAAUUUAUUGACUGAAAGGAGCUGAUUACAGUCUGAGCUGUGAUGUUUGGUUGUCAAAAGCGCUGGAUUCCUAUUUGGGGGUCAUAAUACACUUCGUAACUACAAACUUCGAAAGAAAAGUUAUUGUACUGAGAUGCCUUCCCUAUAACCGAGCACAUACCGGCAUGGGGUCUGUCCGAAGAGAAACUUCACUGCGUUAUCAGCGACACUGCUUCAAACAUGAAAAAGGCUUUGUCCGCCUGGAUCCUGUUUUCUCCAUCUACUGAAUCUCAUCGUAAAGAAUUCUGUUUUUCUCAAAGUGGAGUUAACCGGCUUAUCAAAAAGAUCAAGAGUCUUAUCAAGGAGUUUAGAACCCCUGCAGGUAAACGUCUACUGAAUGAAAAUCAAGCAGUAGAGGCAACUCUCAUCAGACCAGUUGCAGUGGACACGAGAUGGAACAGUUAUUACAUGAUCUUCCAGGCCUUUCAGAAUAAAAAAUAUGCAAUAACAAUCACCGGUCAAAAUGCAGAGUUAUCGUUGUCUGCAUCUCAACAGAUGACUCCUCACGAUUGGGAUCUUCUGACCAAAGCUAUUGCGGUACUGAAGCCAUUCUACAUCACCACAAAAGCGGCGGAGGGGGACAUGGUUUCUGUUUCGGAGGUUAUCCCAAAUAUAAAGAAACUGGAUUACGCUAUCAGGAGCAUAUCCUCAAGUGGAGUCGGAACUCUGAAACCCACGCUGCUUUCCGAAAUGUAAAACCAAGAGACUGAAGAA